CUUACAGACACGAUACCCGAGACAGCCUUUGCGUUUCCUACUUUCGGCGCCGGUGGAGUUAGAUCUCGCCGGCGCCGGGAUCCUUUUACUCGUCCUCUCUGCUUCUUCCUUUCUCUGUUCCUCUCAAACUUCCUCUCUUUUUACUGUCUGUUUUUAAACCUCAUGUCUCUUGGGGGUUUGGAGAUCUAUUCUGAGCUUGCAAAGAAGAAGGAUUCAACUCCAUAUGAAACCGAUGCUCGCUGUGUCGCUAUCCACUUGGCUGAUUCUUCUCUGUUCUGCGGUUCGGUUCCAGUCUCCCCUCCUGUCAUGAUUGUUAACCGCGUCUCGGGUGAAAGCCCCGAAGAAUCUUACUCAAGAGCUUGUUCUCAACUGUUAAUGGUGGGGUUUGAAGCUGUGUCUCCUUGGAGGAGUUGGCUAAGCUCAUCCAUGGUCCUCUCCGCUCUUGUAGAACCACCGGCUGUUUCUGACUGCUCCUCCUGUCCACUGCCUCAUCUUUGGACAGAACUCGAUUGUCACCGGCGGUUACCCUCAACAUCAACUCGUAGUCUGAUGUUUGUUCUCCCUAAAGGGAAGAGUUACUCUGUUUGUCUAUUGUGUGGGCGAGGAAACAGAUCCGAUAUUCUUCUGCCAGAACUCGUCAGAACCAUCCAUGUUAUUUUCUGUGAACACAAUGGUCAGUCUCGGCAGUUGUUGACGACUCAGUGUGUGGACUUGCAGAAACAGUUCCCUGCAUCAUUGGCAGAUUUUAUCCUUCGCGUCAAGGGACACUGUCCGGAGUCCUUACAAGACAGACGAAGCGUACUUUCACUCAGCUAUUGGUCUGCUCUUACAAUCCUCAUACGUCGACCAAAGCUGUCUAACUCAAGCUCAAGACAAUGCUCGGAACCAAUUCCAUAUAUGAGAUUCCUAAAGCUCACUUCAUUCAGCCUUUUAAAUUUAUCUUUUUUCGAUAAGUUUGUUCAAAAUUCCUCUCGACGAGGCCGAGAGAGAUCUAUUUCCACUUCCUCCUUUUCAAAGGAGAGAAACUAUCCCCUCAUAUCCCUCUGCUUAAGAGGAGACAGUCUCCCGGAACUUAAAACCGGAAAAAGUUACCAAUUUCCUAGCCGUUUGUUAUCUUAUGUGAAGGUUCGCUUGGAGCCGGUAGAUGCAACGAUUCACAUUGUUAUGAGAGUCGAGGUUUUGGAUGGUGUUGCAACGUCACAUGUUAUUGUGACUAAUCGUUCGUUAUUGGCAGAAUUUGAAGAGCGGUGUAAAUCUUUCAUAGAUUGGUUCGUAAGUGGCAUCUUCGAUUUCUUGCUUAAAGCUUUAUCAAACUUUUUAAAGUUUGUGUCUCUAUCCCUGUAUUUUAUUGAAUGUUAUGCUUUGGAUU